AUGGCAGGCCCGACAAGCUUCUUAUACCUUCGUCAGCCCGACUCAAAGGUGUUCAUUCCUCCUCCCCGGUCCAGCAAGCUUGCAGCAGUCGCAGCAGACCUUCAGUACCGGGGCCCCGCGUCAGGUGCUCCACGGUGCCGCACCUCAGCCCUCCAACCUAGAAUAAGUGUAGUUGCAGGCCGCAGGAGCAACGGCGGAUGGGCUGUCAAGUCAACCCGGGUUUUCGGUCUCGACUCUAAUGGAAUCACAAACUCAACACCCACCCCCACGAAACCGCACGGGAUUGCCUGUUCCAGCCUUGAUGGGGGUUUUGUCUUCGUAUCUCUGAUUGCGGUCCGUAUUCUGUGUGGUUAUCCGCCCCUCACGGCUCUGGUUCCUAUUUAUCCGCAACGUGCCGCGGGUAGCAGAGGUGAAAGGUCAGAGGUGCGCUUGUCGCGUGCGCCGCUGGCCUCUGAGUGCGGAGCGGACGUCGGUUAUCUGCCCGCAUCUAGCGGGGUUUUGAUCGGCGAAUCAUGGCGUUCUGUCCUGCAUGGGUCUGUAGACGAUUCGAAUGCUCUCGUGGUUGCAUUGCAUGCUCAGUAUUCGUCGUGGCCUAUUGCUGUGCUCCUUUACAGAAUCUUUGGGCGCGCGAGUGGCCUGGAGGUGUCUUUUGCGAGUGAAAGCUACGUUAUCUUUUUUGUUUUAGUCUUUCUUUCAUCAAACUCAUUUCCGCUACGAUGGCAUCCUCCUACAGAAGUAGGGAACACGUACUGGUGCCAGCGUCUUUUGGAUGAGAUGAGGAUAAGGUCUACGCUGUGGGGAGUAUACCGCGAAGCUCGCGCUUCUAUUUUCAUUCUCCUUUCGAGUAUGGGGCAGAGUAUGGAAGUGGCUUGCUUUAUCUGUAGGUGCUUUGACUUGAACAGAUCUUUUGUGACUUGGAGAUGUACGUGGCCAUCCCGGAUAUGGUGUCGUGAUGAUGCUGGCUCUAAGAAGGCGGCUAGUGGUGUGUUGACCGGCAACCUAUUUGAUCACCCACUCGUCAGCUUAUGGACGGCUAUGAAAGUUGAGGAGCAUCGAGAGUACAGCUCGUCGUGGUCAAAGUCGAUCAUUCACUUGUUGCCUCUCAAUUCGCGCUACCCGCCUUCUGUCACAAAGCUCAAUGCUCGGCACAUGUUUCUCUUCAAGCCUGGCGAUUUCCGGAGCGAGGGAUGGCGCGGACCGAGGAAAGAAAUCAUCGAACGCGUUCUCGAAAUGAUACAGAGACAAGACUGUUUGUCCAGCAUUUUCAAGGAGGAUUCCACCGGUAGUAUCGACGCAGCUGACCCUGACUGA